CUACUCGGUGAUGUUUACGAUGGACGGGUACUUCGAACGGCUGAUGGCCACUGACAGUGCUGCACAGUGACUGAUUUUAACAAGUGUGAAUAGCAUGCAUAAAACAAAUAGCCCGGAUAAAUUUGCCUAAUCGUGCCGGCUAUUGAGAAGAUUGUAGAAAGACAUUGUAGACAUUGACACUUUCUUCUCAACGACUGCUCAGUAGUACAUAAAAAAAAAAAAAUCAAAUUUGGUAAGUUUCUACUUUCUGUCAAAGUUGAUCCUGCGACAUAAGACAUAGGAUUAUGCGCUUUUUGGGUAUUAUUUGAGCCAUCAAGAAUACAGGAGCCAGCUCUUGGAGAAUGACAACUUAUCGGGACAUAUCGCCUCUUAUUGGUGCUGUAAACCCAAGGGAGACUUUACAAACACAAGAACUUGAUGUAAGAAUAUUGGCAGCGAGCGAUGGUGCCCAGUAUGAUGAUAGCAACAUACAACCUGUCAGCAUUCCGGAAAGUCAUGUACAGCUUGAUGUGUGUUUCGAUGACGAUGAUGAGUGCCUUAAUCCUGAUCCAGAGGUACGGGACAGACAUGAUUCCUGGGAGCUUACAUCGACAGAUAGCAUAGGGCAUGGUGACAACGCCCUACAAUCUUUGGAAGAGUACCAACAGUUCGCAGGUCUACAAGAGACAUCUCUGAUACAAGCUGUGGUUUUUCUAGAAGAUGCCUUCAAGUAUCGAUCUAUUAAUCACAAAGUGGAUGAAAUCUGCCUACGUUUGUAUCGUCAGUAUCAUUCAACUGCAGUACAAGUCUUUCGUGUGGCAGUUAUUUUUACACUUCAUAUUCUGGCUUUCUUUGAAUAUCCGUCCUCCUUGAGCUUGAGCUCUGAUGUACGGUUGAGACAAGAAAGAGUUGAUGUUCCUUGCUGGCUGACUUCAACCAUAGAACUGCUGUGCUUGUUGCUGCUGUUAGCUGACAAUGUCACUAGGUUCUUUUUGCUGGGUAGGCGAAACUUCUUUAAGCUCAAAUGGGACAUGGCCAGUAUCAUCAUUGUUGUCAUCUCCAUUAUUGACUGGAUGGUUUCUGUUGGUAUGGGUUGUGCAGAGCCUGUAAGGUUUAGGAGAAUUUUGCGUCCAUUUUUCAUCCUGCAAAACUCAUCUCUAAUGAAGAAGAUUGUAAACUGUCUGCGGAUGACAAUGCCAGAGGUUUUCAGUGUUCUCAUUAUGCUUGCUAUGCACCUGUACAUCUUUACUCUGCUGGGCAUGCUUCUGUUUCCUACCCCUCCGCAAAGGCCACAAAGUGCAAACAGUACAAAUACAGUUCCAGAUAAUGCAACCAUGGGUGUGAUAUCUCAGGACAACAGGAAUGAAGGCAGAAAGUACUUUGGCACACUUCUGGAUUCUUUCAUGAGUCUGCUGGUGCUGCUGACCACAGCCAACAACCCAGAUGUUACGAUGCCUGCUUACAGCCAUAACAGACUUUCUUCCUUGUUCUUCAUCGUCUUUCUUAUCAUUGGAUUAUAUUGUUUCAUGAAUAUGCUGACUGCUGUUAUUUACAACCAGUUCCGGGGAUAUUUUCUGAAUUCAAUGCAAAGCAGCUUAAACCGAAGACGCCUUGGAGUGAGGGCAGCAUUUGAAGUUUUAAGACGAAAGAGGGGAAACCUGCACCCUGAUAACAGAAUUGAAGUCAGGACUGAGGUAGGAAAACAGGUUGUAAAAGCUGUGGUGGAGAAAAUAUUUGUGCCUGUCUACAUCAGACAUGCUUUGCUGGAGGAGCUUGAUAAAUACCCUGAAAGUUCAUUCUGUGCUAAAGAUUUCCAGCAGCUGUUUACUCUGUUAGACAUGGAGAAAAAGCCUGCCCGGGAGGUGGAGGUCAGGUGGUUUGUAAAUCCCUUAUUGUGGAGACUCCAACGAAUAUUUGUCCACAGGAUGUUUGCCUACUUUGGCAUCUUUGUUGCCUUUUUGAAUGUCAUCGUCAUCUCUGUGGAACUUGCAACCCAGUAUGAUCAGUCUUUUUAUGACUCUCACUCUGACCUUCGUGCAUUUAAUUUUAGCUUUGCAAUCUAUUAUUUGGUGGAACAAGUCCUGAAAAUCUGGGCCAUGGGCUGGCGGCGCUAUGUCUUUGACAAAGGAAACGUUUUUGAUGGUGUCAUCACUCUCGCCCUUGUGGGUGGAGAGAUGUUCUCAGCUAUCACAUUUGGAGUGCCAUUUUUUGAAAAACAUGAAGUGUCUAGCAUAAAUACUUUGUGGAAUGUUCUUCGCAUUAUCAACAUACUGAUCAUGGUUAGGCUUCUCAGAAUCAUCCCACAUCUCAAGUCCAUGAGAAUUAUCAGUUCUGUUCUCCUGGAUCUGGUCAGAAAUAUGAAGUCUUUUGCUGGAGUGUUAAUUGUGAUCUACUAUGCUUUUGCUAUUCUUGGGAUGGAAAUUUUUAGUGAUAAAAUCACUGUGGACAAGAUCACAAACACAAGCAAUGUGACAUAUGCAUGCGGUACCUACAGACAGCUGAUGUACUGGGCCAACAACUUUGAUGACUUUGCUGCUGCCAUUGUGGUUCUGUGGCAUAUUAUGGUGGUCAAUAACUGGAAUGUAUUUCUGGAGGCAUUCGGAGAAGCCACCUCACCAUGGUCGUAUCUGUUCUUCGUGGCAUGGUGGCUUAUUUCAGUCAUCAUUGUUUUAAAUCUCUUCACAGCUCUGAUAAUGGAGAACUUUAUAAUGAAGUGGGACCGAAGCCAGCAAAUACGAAAUACAAAUGGGGAUUUUGACCAACCAAUGGUUCUCAACUCUGUACAUGAUAUGUUCAGAGGCCUUCUGGAGGAGCCAGCUGAAAAUGAUCUUUUGAGGCAGCUGUCUGAUCACCAAUAUCUAGUGUUAGAGAGGUGACAAGACACUUCCAGCCAAUCAAAGCUAUGAGGGAUCGAGCUGUCCAAUAAGAAGUAUUGAUCUGACUACCAUUAGAUCAGUGAAUGACAGUAAUUCUGAUCAGUCACAAAUUUGAGGACAAAACUUAUGGGUUAGGGCAGUAGUUACCAGAAUCUGAAAUUGACCAACAAAUCGUCGAGCUCACUUGUUCUACAAUGAUCAAGUACUGCACAAGCUGACGACCUUGAUAUUAUAAGGAAUAAUAUUGGUAACACUAUGACCAUAACUCUUGUUAUCUCCACAAUGCUUUAAAAUACUGUUUGUUACCUAUGCAUCAAGGAAACUAUUUUGCUGAGCAUUUUAAGAUCCUCAAGAUCAGUGGCAUACGCACUCCAUACAGCCAGUGUUUAACCAGAUGAUUUGGAAAAAUUUGUGUUUCUGCUAUUUGUCAUUUACUACAGGAAAUAUUGUCUAACUUUUGUCACUUUGCUCAGUUUAGACUAUACCCAUUGUAGACAAAUAAUAUAUUUUUUAUUUACACAAUUAUCAGUUCAAAUUGAUCACUGUAAGUUUCUGGUUUAUUUUUUUGUUAAAAAAAAACUGACAAAAGGAAAAAAGUCUCAAAAUUCUGACAGAACUUGAAUCUGUGUGAGUGAUAUGAAAAUAUUGAGAGAACACCCCCUGAUGUGUGCUUUUCAAUAUCAUAUUGCAUACAAUAUUACAUACAAUAUUGCAUGAAGUUAUAUUUGAGAGCUUAGUUGUUUAGAUUAUGGGUGUGUAAAUGGAUAUUUUAAUGCAUCUUUGAAUUAUUUUAUUUCAAGUUCAAGCACAAAAACCAGCAAUAAGCUAUGUGAAGAUGAAAUGUAAACAGUUUAAAUAUCCUUUUCUUAAAAUUGUAUAGGCGUUUUAGCCAAUCAUCGGAGAUAUCUUUGGAUAUUUGGAAACAAAUUUGUUUUCACAGUGUAUUUAUGUAAGCCACACACAUAUGGUGUAUAAAUUGCACUUCUAUAACCACAUCUUGCUGACAUGAAAACCAUUGUACUUCACAGCUAUUGCACCAUCUACUAUGCAUGAAAUACAAGAAUCAGAUUUUUUAAGAACAUGGACAACUUCAAAAGAACUGUUACCAGACAAAUAUUAUUAACACAUUAAAAAGCCUAUAAAAAAGCAAGAAAAAUGAUUUGUUUAAUCUUCCCUUUUAUUUGUAAGCCUUUACUGGCCAUUUCCAACAUAAAAUGUUACCAUAAUUAUGUCCAUGUGAGCCCACAGUUUUCUUGAAGUAAUGACAGUGUUUUCUCGGUUCAAAAAUAAGUAACAUUAUGGCAGAGUUUUAAAUAACAUUAUUUGCUAAAAGGAUUUUAGUUUUUCCUGACUUAAUUAAAAUUUGGUUUGAAAUUCUGGUACCAGACAAAGUAUAUGAGUUUUAGUAAUAAUACUUAUAAAAAUAAUAAGAAUAAUAAUAAAAAAUCUAGAUGUUUAAAGCAGAUAUUCUUAAAUAUCCAUUUCUGGCUGGGAGGUAUUUUAUUUUUAUUUUUUGGUAAGGUUAAUCUGCAUACAUUUUAGUUUGAUAGUAAGAAGUAGUUAAAUGUGUGUAUCAAAAUAUCUACAGAGAGAGAAAAAAGCUUAUACAUUUUGCUUGGUGCUAUAAUCCAUCCUCUUUUGAAGAAGAGAUUUUAUACUAUCACCACCUAGGGCUAUAAAGCAAGGGUCAGUCACUGCAACCUGGAGAAGGAAAGUCAUCUUGUUUCCAAAGUUAUAAUGUGAUGUCCACACCUGGCAGAUGCUGUUUUACCCUUGAAGCCAUAGUUACAAAGCAGUGGCAAAGUUGUCCUAAAAGGUUGUUCUAAAAGGUGUAAAGAAACAUAAAGGGGUGUCCACAGGGUCUAAACACUUUCUAACCAGAAACAAGAUGCUACCCUUUGGUUCCUAGUUUUGCCCUGGGGAAACAACUUACUCUUGCUUUAUAACUACAGCCCCAGUUGUGUUUGCUGUCAGUGCCACAUGUGAUCUUGUGAUCAUAGCUACUUCUACUAUGAAUGGAUUCUUUGAUCUUUUGUGCAGUAUUUUGGUCCACAUAAAAUUCAUGUCUUUUACAGAAGAAUAGUAUUUUUUUAUUUCCAGAAUUUUCUGACAGGAAUAUUUUGCUAAGUGUACCGAGUUAAUGUUUGGAAAACUAGCAAGACUUCUGUGAAAUAUAUCUUACUCUGUGUGAUGAUAGUUGACAGUUUGAAUUAAGACAGGUGAUGGGACCAUUGUACUUGCCAUUGUAAGGGGCCUCAAGGUCACAGUUGUCAGAUAUGCAGAACAAAAUCAUGAGGUUAGUAACAUUUAAUCUCAUGCUUAUGUGACAGAUUCAUACUUGCCUUUCUGUAUGUGCACAUACAUGUACUUCUGUGUGUGUGUGAGAGAGAGAUUCAUAGUUUCCCUCUGUAAAAUUUCUGGUUUAUUUGUUAUCAGUGGAGUAAUAUGUAGGGAAUCUUUCACUCUUUAAAAAAAAUCAAUGAUUUGCUAGAUAAUUUAUAAUUGCUAUGGCAAAGAUAAAUGGGAAGCACCUUACAAAAGAUUUAAUAUUAUUAUUUAAAUAUUUCAUUAUUUAUGGACAAAAGAUUUAAUGGUGGUUUUGUAUAGUUUCAAAAUAUUUAUUAUAAAUUAUUGUGUUGCUCAGAUUUUAUAAAAUGUUAUUUGGUUUGUUAUAUGAUGCAAUGGUUUUGAUACACCUUGUAUACUGAUGUUAAGGAAAUCUGUUAGUGCUUGUUGGUGGUGAGACCUUGGUCACUAGAGGAUGUAUUUUUGUAAGAUAACUGUCAUGGAUGAGAAAAAAAUUGGUUUAAACUAUUUUUCCUGUGAAGCACAGAAGCAAAUCGUUUUGUGUAUUUAGUGAAAUAAAACUUUGUGAGCAUUAA